CAGACCUGUUGAUACUGAAUCAAGCGAUCGUAACAACCGAUUAGAUAAUGUCUGUUAUUGACUGCUCAGAACGUUACUGUCACGGAAAUCGCGAUUCUUAACUCCGGUUGUUAAAGUUUAUGUGCACAGAAGUUUUAAAAGUGUUUUGUAGUGUGUUGUGUUGGGAUUGAGAGCAUUGUGAUGGUAACUAAGUGAUUCUUUCUCGUGUGUUGUCGUAAAACAAACUCUAAGCGCUUUGUUGGAAGCAAUGAUGCGGCGCGGUUCGAUGGCUAUGAUCGGCGGGGGCGAGCCACUGAUCGUGGUGGAGGAAAGUGGCACAGAGGACACAGACUCCUCUCCCCACUCCUCAGCGCCCACCCGUGGCCUAUCCGUGGACCAGGAGUCUCCGCCGGACCCGUACCAUCUGUCGCCAUGGCGCGACACCCGCAAGCACUCGCUGCCGACGCCGUCCUGCACCACUGGACCUACUGCCAGUCAGGUUCGGCGGCUGUCGGAACGGGGCGAGAGCGCGGCUCGCGAGGCACGCGAGGCAGCGUUCCUGGCGACGCUGACUUCCACACAGCCGCAGCCUGGUGGUAGAAGACAUUCCGUAGUAACAAUAUCCCGAGUGCCUCAGGCGCUUUUCGGUCGCGGACGUCGCGAGUCCAUCGCUGCCUUUCCGGCCCUAGCCCGUCGUCGAGACUCCGGCUCCAAGAAAUCACUCGUCUCCAUUGCAGGCCCUCCCGCCACCGACACGCUGGGAAGCACCCACAAUCUGCAGUUAGACAUUAUGGACGACAUCGUUCAGGCUCGCAAAGUGCGCAUGCGUCUAUGGAACACUUCCAACGAAAGGGUCUGUGAAGUCCAACCACUGGACGAACGCUCCCCCAUGAGCGGCUCCGUGCGGUACACCAACCGCGGGCGCAGGCACUCUGACUUUGUGGGCUCUCCUCUGCCGCCGAUACCAGCUCGUCGCCGAGCAUCUGAGAUGCCGCCGCCACCACCAAUCCCGCCACGAGCCGGCGCCGGCGUUGGUGUAGUUUGCACCGAUACAGACCUCCAUUUAAUGCUCAACGCCCUCACAUCGUCAGCCACAGAGAUCGAUCGCUGUGGCAAGCCAGAACGAACUCGACGCCUGGCCGACAUGAGGUCGAGCAGUUUCGAUGCAUCUUCACUGCGAGACAAACCCACAGACUCGGGCACCACCUGGUUUACUCGUAGACACCAGACUUUAGCUACGAAGAAAAAAGAAAAUGAACCCAAAAAAAGCAAAGUAACUUUCGCUCCAGAUUCAAAGCCAGCUCCUGGAGAUGUAGCAGCCGUGGUCUGGGACAAGCCCUCCGGAUCAGUUGUGGAUGCGAGUGCACUCGGCAGUGCUAUAGAAGUGUUCCUUAGGAAGAGUUCUGCUGUUGACCCGGGGCCAUCGACGUCGGGAACAGCAGUGGUGAAAGAAACGGCAUCGAAGCCGGAGGUGCGACAGAAGGCACGCGACAUUCCAGCCACGGUCCGACCGACCGGGCGCCCCGAAGGAGAGCGUUGGUACCCCAACAGGCCCGAGGAGGAGGAGGCGGGGGAGAGCUGCGACGCUUCUCUCUGCACGUCAUUAAAAGACCUUUUCGUGUAGACACCACGUGUGUAUUUAAACUCUUGUAAAAUAAAUAUACCUUUAGUUGUCGAGUAAAGAUUCGUUUCUAAAAUGCAAAGUGAGAGAUGAUACGCGGCGGUCCGCGGUGGUCGCGGCCCGCGGCGUAUCGAUUGUACUUUAUGAAUCUUUCUAUGUGAUAGACAACGCGCAGGCGCCGGUCGUCCUGAGUCGACUCACGACCGACGCCUGACUCGCGUAAAUUAUUUUUAGAGUAAAUUCUAUUUUCAUUGUAAAUUUUUUGAUAUUAGCGAUCAGAAUAUUGACUUAUUGUUAGAUAGAGAAUUAUAUUCGUAAUGAACAGGCGCGCGUUUUCCACGCCGAGUGGCGGUCUCCCACCGCGCGCCUGCCCCUACCCGUCUCGUUCAACAAUCUGUGUAUUGUAAUCCAGUGUUACCAUUAAAACAAUUAAACUUUAUCAUAUAGCAGACUUUAAAAUGGAGACGUCGGGAGAAACGUACGCUUAAUAGACGAAGGCGACAUUCUGUCGUCUUUGAUCAAUAAAAGUUUUUAUCGAUGUUA